UUGUUUUCAGGUUCUUCGGCCCCCGAAAUUCUUUUGUCUAUAAUUGAGAUUAUUGCGAAAAAAUUCGAAGCCGGUGAUCUUGGACCGAAUACGAUUGUCGGCUCGGCUGCGUUUAAUCUAUUUAUGAUUAUCGCUAUUUGCGUUCUAGUCAUUCCCGCUGGGGAAGUACGUCGACAAAAACAUUUGGAUGUGUCUAUAUUCGCAUACAUUUGGAUGUAUGUCAUUUUGGCUGUGAUAUCACCCGGAGUAAUUGACAUUUGGGAAGGUCUACUCACAUUUGCUUUCUUCCCACUU